AUGGAUCGAGGAGAUCAAAUUCUUUGCCCAUUCUGUGGUUAUAGCGCAGAUGGCGAGUAUCAGAUCAUGCUACACCUGGAGACUCAGCACCCCGAAGGAGGAGAGUCUCCAUUUAUCGUCAAGGACACCAGCAUAGCCGCUCUUGUAGAUCUGGACUCCAGCAAGCAUGAGGAAUACAUCCACUGUCCAGUCGAAGGCUGCGGGGAGGAUCUUCUGUUGGCUGAACUUGAGAGUCAUAUCGAGAUGCACGAGGAAGAGCAAGAUGCUGCUGACUCAGACAAUUCAGAUCGCUCUCUAAGCGUUGGACUCAAAGUUGAACCAGCUAUCGCUGAUGCGUUCGAUAUCAAACUAUCUCAUGCUCUUCAGAAUCUGGAUGACGAUGACGAGGAUGAUGGUCAGACAGUGGUUCCCGAUGCUCCUUCUCCUGACCGCCACGCUUCAGCGAAGGCCGCUUGGAGGAAAGUCUUGAAGAUGCCAGAUUCGUCUUCCAAGAGCUCUUCUGUUCCAAAAGCAGCUGCACGCCGUCGGCUUGGUAAAUCAGAACUCGGUCCUCAUGCGCACGAGAAGCAGAUGCCUUCAUGGCUUGUCAAACUUCUUGAAGAAGAUGGCGCUGUCAAGACUAGUAAUGUCUUCGACAGCGAUGGCACGAUGCGGAAGGUCAAGAUAUGUCCGAACAUGACUGCCGGUAUCGUUCCGGUUCUUGAGCAGCUGUGUGACCAAGAUGAGCAGGUUGACUUUGCGUAUUUCUGUGAUCCAGCUGUCAGGCAUGUUUCCAAGCUUAGAAGGGAGGGUGGUUUCUGUGGAUACCGCAACAUCCAGAUGCUAUGCUCUUAUAUCAUCGGCGUUGAAUCCCAAGGGUACGAAUACUUCAAUGGAAAGAUACCCAGCAUCUUCCAUAUUCAGGACUACAUCGAAAAUGCCUGGGAUAUUGGUAUAAAUUCUACAGGUCGAAUUGAGACUGGUGGAAUUCGAGGCACAAGAAAGUAUAUCGGAACCCCAGAUGCACAAGCAAUGUUUUGCUCAUUAGGAAUCGCCUGUGAUGCUCAAGGCCUCAAGCCACAGGGCAAAUCUACACCAGCACACGAGCUCCUGUUCCGCGCUGUCGAAAACUACUUUGUCAACGGCUGUACCGACUAUAACCCAAAAAUCCGCUGCACUUUUCUCCCACCCAUAUACUUCCAACACCCAGGUCAUUCUAUGACAAUAGUCGGCUUUGAACGCAAACGUGACGGCUCGAAAAACCUCAUCGUCUUCGACCCAAUGUUUCACGACGCUCAGAACAUCACAAAGUUGAUCGGCACUUCUUUCCGAGCAAAGAAUCCAGCUGAUCACAUGCGGGCUUAUCGGCGUGGUAUCAAGUACUUGAAGAAGUACAAUGAGUUUGAAAUAUUGAAAUUGACGCCUCCACCAAGGAUAUACAACAACGUAGCAGUCUCUGCUAAUGACAGCGGAGGAUCAGAUGAGAGAACGAGCGAGUGA